UUCACUUCCUUGUCCUAUCUUUGCAUUCCUCAGUCAUAUAUGACACAAUUAAAGGACUGAAGAAGUGAAAGACCACAUUUUUUUGGGAAGUGGAAAUGACAAUGAUAUACCUCAUAAUCCUCGGAACCAUCUCAGGUUUAUGUGAAGCAGAUGGUGUGUUACCAGAUGGUCCUCUGAAUGCAUCUCUAGGAGGGACGGUGAUGUUCACCACAACUCUGACUCCAUCAGAUGGACCAUAUACUGCAGUGUUCUGGAAAUUUGGUAUUAAGGAUAUAAUAAGCUAUGCUCCAACUGUAAACAAAACUCCUCCAGAGUAUGAGGGCAGGAUCACCCUCUUCCCAUCUACUGGAUCUCUGGAGCUCAGAGAUCUGACACGUAAUGACAGUGGAGAGUAUGGAGUUAACAUUUCACCAGGACAUCAUGCAGGAAGGACCAGACUGGACAUAUAUGAACCAAUAUCAGGAAUUUAUUUGACAGCAUCAACAAACCUGAUCAUUGAUAGAAACUCUGUCAACUUAACCUGUGAUGCUUCUGGAUCUCCCACUGCCAGAAAAUGGAUGAAGGAUGGUUCAGAUCUGAUCCUGAAUGACAACAUGGCACUUUCUGAUAAUAACACAGUGUUGUCCUUUAAACCUGUAAACAGAGACAACAGUGGAGAUUAUCUCUGUACCAUCAGUAACCCUGUCAGCAGCAGUGAGGCUAAAUACAGGAUGGAUGUCAUGUAUGGGCCAGAAAAUGUUAGGAUCACAGGUAAAGAUAAUGUAACUGUAAGUGAACCUAUAAAACUGAUCUGCUCUGCCAACUCUACUCCAUCUGCCACGUUCAUCUGGAUGUUAAAUGGAACUGUGAUUCCUGCUAAUUCUCCUGAGUUCUCAAAAGAAAACGCUGAACUUUCUGAUGGUGGAUAUUACACCUGUGAAGCGAUGAAUAACAUAACUGACAGAAGAUCAUCUGCAACGUUUGAAUUGUUUGUUCAUGCAGGAAGCAUCCAGCCAUCAGGAUUAUCUGCUGGUGGCAUCGCUGGAAUAGUGAUUGUAUGUUUAAUCAUCACUGCUGCGGCUGCUGGUGGAGGAUACUACUUCUGCAGAAAAAAAUCCAACUUAAAUACUGAUGCUCAUCCUAUGAAUAACACAGAAAACAAAGAAAACCUUUAUGAGGAAAUAUCAGCGGUGUACGAGAAUGUAAAGGCUCAGUGACCCACCAUCAUUUAUAUGGAUCAUCCUCUUCUGAGGGUUUUUGAGAAAUUACCAACACAACUAAACCAUUGACCGACCAAACAACGGAGACUUCUGGUAAUGGACCAUGAACGGGUUUUCCACGACCUAAGUUCAGAUAAGCUUUGCUAAACUGAGCUAAAAACUACUGUUGUGCUAAAAAACAUUAAGUGACUGAUCUUUAUUCCUAUUACAAUAAGAAAAUCAAUAAACAUAUUAGGCUGAAAUAAAUGAGAACUUGGAGCCGUACAAUAAUUAUAUUUAAUAUAUAUAUAUAUAUAUAUAUAUAUACAUAACAUAAUAAUCCAUCAAAGGUGUGUGUAUUUGUGUUUAUAUUGUUCUGUACCUAUGUAUCUUACCUACGAUACUACAAAUAACAUGACUGUUCUUAAAAUCCUGCCAUCACACAGUCCUCUCUGGCAUUUACACCUCAAGUCACCUGUCCUCUUUACCGUUGAGAUAAGGCUGAUGUCCACCUUGUCAUUUUUUGGAAAACACUCCCUGUAUUAAUGACAUUUACACACUGGAGUGUUUCAACAUAACGGACCAAAUCAUUGAUUUAUGAUACUUGAGCAUUCGUGUAAAUGUGAAAGGAAAGUAAUGAGAGGAGAUAUAAACAUGGGCGAAAAAAUUUAACAUUUGCAGAGUUUCUGAAAGUUUCUGUAACGUCUAUUGUGCAAUAUUCAGUUAAUUGAAUUUAAGAAGAUAUUCCUAUUACCGUCACAAAGACAUUUGAUUCUCCAGUAAUAUGAAUUGAUGCGGGUGUGAUGUUGUGACAGAAAGAAAAAAAGAUUCAUGUUUCAAAUUUGACAAAUGCACGUCCUCUUGCCUCCAUAUUACUUACUGUAUGUAUGUGUCCUUGAGUAUGAAUAGUAAUAUUAAAACUGUCCUUAAGAUGAGAGAAUCAUUGUCUUAUUCCACAGACUUCGAAAAGUCAGUUCCCCAACCAAGUUGCACAUUUUAUUGUACAGUAUGUGAGGGGUUUAUUUCUUUGUUUCAUGUUUCUUUUGUAUUUAAUGUGCCACGUCAGAAUCUCAGAAAACAAGAAGCAGGUCAGAGUUUCCUGCUGCUGAGAUAACUUCAUACUCUGUCAUAAAAAGCUGUUGUUGUCUUCUUGACCUAAUUUAAUGGAAAACCUCCUGAUGAUCUUUGGACCUGUUUCCUGCUGAAAUCAUUAUUUGAGCUGAGCGGUGAUUGCAUCAAGUACACAAGCGUAUUGCUAUUCCACCUGUAAAAAGACAGAAUUGUGUCCUUCUACCCCUCCAAUUAUGUUCACCUGAGUUUCACCUGCAGGUAUGAACUAAGUACACAAACUUGGAGUACUUGGCAUUAAGACACUGUUUAUAAGACAUCUCCCUCUGGUGGUGAAUAUGUGUUUGACCAGAAAAUGAGGAAACAGGAAACAGCGAGAAAAAAUGUAACAAAAGGAACCUA